GAGUAAUUCAUCAUAGUACCAAUUGUAAUCCAUAAAGGCUAUUCAGGACAUAUUCAAAAUGCAGGCUUUUGUACCAAAAAAUAGAAGACCGAGAUUCGAGCUCAAACUCAGUGUAUGGUAUGUACCAUCUCAUACCGCACAAAUCUUGUUAAUACAGGUGCAGAUAAUCGACCUUAAUAAUAUCCCCCUGGUUGCCGGGACGUCAUAUGUGAAAUGGCAUCUCCCAUCCUCUAUAGCCGCCGAACACCGCGGCCACACAGAUCGAGCUGUGAUUCAAGACCAUCGCGCAUCAUGGGACUAUGAGAAAGCGAUACCUGUUAAACUCACAAUAGAUCGGAACCACAUGCUUCAAGAAUGUGACAUCUCAUUCGAGAUAAUCCAAGAAUUUUCUUCGGGAGGUCGCGGGGAUCGCAUCACGUUGGGCAACAUCAAGCUCAAUCUCGCCGAAUAUGUCGAUAGAAGCGAGGAUGAGAAUGGGAUUGUGAGGAGGUAUUUGAUGCAGGAUAGUAAAAUCAAUAGUACUCUCAAAGUGGGGAUAUUGAUGCGGCAGGUUGAAGGGGAUAAAAACUAUAUCACACCCCCUCUCAAGUCAGCCAUGGUAUUUGGCGGCAUCGCCGGCAUCCUUCCACCAGAGCAUGGGGAAACGGAAGAACCGGGUAGUCUCCCAUCCAUCAACGCCAGCCGCGAAACGGGGGAUUUGCAGGACAUGUACCGUCGCACACUGGCCGCAUCAUGGACCACUCAAGACGACGAGCUGCUUCCAGACCAAUUAAUCGAAGACAUCUUUGCUGGUGGCCGCGGAGUUCGAUCUUCUGCUCGAUCGGGAGCGCGAUCAGAGCGCGCAGAUUACGAUGAUGACGGUAGCAUAAGCGAUACCGCUUCUCGUACUACAGUCCAAGAGAAUCGGGCAGACGGCAACACGAACAAUAAAAGACCCAAAAGCGUGAUGAGUAGUCGAUCAAGGACAGAUCUGCGAGAUACGGAAAGUAUGCUAAGUAGUAGCGGUGGAGGUAGUGGACGGGGCAGUCUGGAGAGCUCGUUCCAGGAGAAGGCUUGGAAGAGUUCGAAGGCUACCCACGAGAUUUCCGAAUUUGAUGUUCGAGACGAUCUACGAACAUGGGAGAUCACCGUGAAUGAUUGAGAUUUGGAGCAAUUACGUAUGUGAUAACUGGUCGGUUAUACGAUUAUGGAGGUAUAGAUCCGAAUCUGGGGUCAGAUAUCCGCAUUAUUAUGUUGCCGGGCGCUAUGUGACACCCGAAAACUGAGUUAUAUUAGAGGUCACUCGGGGAGCUAGGGCCAGAUAACCGGCUUAUUGGGUUCGGCUUCUAAAACUUGUGCUGGUACCUUAAGUGACCUUAACAGGUAUUUCCGUAUCAGAUCCGAAUCCAAGGACAGAUAUCCGUGCUACGUGUUCGUGCUGCGGGGAGUGUCGCGGCCGCUACUACUGGAGGAAUAA